AUGUCCGAGAAACUGCCCUUCAAAGUUGGUCAGUAUGAAUUUACAUUAUUUGUAUUCUUUAUCAUACACGCGAGCUUCAAGUCCUUCAUUGAUUGUGGAUUACCGGGUGGCUAGCCGGCUAAUGUUGUCGCGUAGUAUUGCUUUUAGCUUUCAAUUGGCUGGCUAGUGGGUAAUUUGGCUGACUCUAAAAUCAAAUGUUAAGUUAUCUUUGGACAUUUGGCUAACAAAACAUUUGCUAAUGUGCACUGGUAUUUAUACAUUUGUAUAAUCCAGUUGGGGUGGAACACAUGGUCCAUUUUCCUGCUGCCUUUUGUUAUAUUUAUUAUUAUUAGCAUUAUUUUUACAAUGUUUUACCCAUGCAUAACCAUUAACAGGAAUUUCAGCAUGCAAUUCACAUAUAACUUGGUAAAAUAUACGUUUUGUUACGUUAGUUACAGAAGGAAUAGAGUCGGCAUAACGAACAUAACACUGGCCCACAAGCAAGCAUGGUUUCAUUCAGAAUACUUAUUUCUAUGUUAAUGGUAGUUGUAGUCCAUUUAGUCGAGCCUGGUGUAUUCGUUCGUAUUCGGAACUUGGUAGUAAAACUACAUUACCUAAAUGUCAGUGUGGAGCCACCGGUUUUCAUUGAUUGACAGGCAGUCUGGCAAAGCAGAGAAAUAUAACAGUGUGCUAUUGUUGAUUGUGCACUAAAUCCAUAUUGUGUUUUUAUGGUUUAACUUUGGAGGGAAUUGGGCACAAGUUAAGAUUUGUUGAUAAUAAAAUAAAUAAUGCCCAACUUGUGACUUUGGUGACAAUGACAACACUUGUUUGAAAUUUCCCAUUCAUGAAGGGAAAAAUCUCCACACUUACUUGGAAGGGUUCCAUGAUGUGAAACUAUGUAGCCUGUGUGUAUAACGUUAGGCUUUACACCUUUCUACCAGCCUAUGUCUUACUUGGUUACAUAACUUUUUAAAAGGUCUCUCACCUAGUAUUUUUCAGUCCUCCCUUGUCACCCUGACACAGGUGUUUUAGGAAUAGUAGAGGGCUAGUUAAUCAAUGGCUUGAUGGUUAGUGCUAUCCGGGACCCUUGGGACGUCCCUAACCAUAACCCUUGGGACGUCCCUAACCACUUUAAAUGUAAACUUCGGUAGGGGGGGUAGGGAUGUCCAAAGGAUCCAAGGAACAUGGCUUGAUGGUAGUGUCCUGCCUUAGACUUUGUCCCACAACUUUCUGGGUCAGAGUUGCCCAAACGAUACUGUUAGCGUUGUAUCAUUCAGUUGAUAUUUUGGGGUGAACUAGGCCUAUUUUUUUUUAUGGCAUUUUUUUAUCUCAGACAUCCUGGAAUAAUAUCCAUGGCUACUUUUGAGCAGCCUAUAUUUUGCCUCAGUCUUGAUAGUUUUGCCUGGUGUGGACAUAUUUUGGACCCUCGACGCAAACUGGUAUGCUGGACUGCUCCAGUUCAGUGCGGUUAUGUUUGCAGUUGGCACACAUUCAGGCUCACUGCAUCUGACUGGCGUACAGGAAUAAGGUUCAGUUUAACUCUCGAACCCAAGUGGGGUAUACCCAGCUUACAGCCGGCACCCCAUGGGGUUGUCAGCUGACGGUGCUGAUCACAGCUGGCUCCCUCGUGAACAAUAAAUCCUGACGCUUUGUUUAAUCCCAACACUUUGUCUUGCGAUACGGUUUUGGAAACCUUUGGAACUUAACUUUCAUAAGCGAGAAUCUUUCAAAUACAAAAUAUACUUACUGUGCGCAUUUUAGAUACUUACUAUGCGACACAUCUUCUCACCUUGCGCUCGCAUUUCCAUUGGACCGUUCAUUCCACAUUUCCUGUGUUUCUCAAAAUACAGCCAGGUGCAACAUUCCUGAACUGUGUACAGUAAGUGUCUUGUAUUUGAAUAAUUAUUUCUCGCUUUAUAUGAAAGUUAAAUUCCAAAUGUUUCCAAAACUAUCGCGUGCGAGGCAUAUUUGUGUUUUAAUACAGAGCAUUUAGGCAGGGUCGGAGAGUCUGCGAAAUCCCCUGGGGUGGCAGACUGCUUUGUGAAUAGACAGUAAUGUUUAAUAACAUUUACCGUCUUUUUGAAAGGGCUAGGUUCAGUUAUGAGACCUCUGAAGAGUGCAGUGUUGGAUUGCAGCUGUUAAGAGCCAGUCGGCGGAAGCUGCAACUGAUCUUGACUCCCAAGCGAGUUCAGCCAGUGCAAGGCAGCUGCCAAUGUCUAACUUGAAGACAAACUACUGUCUCACUGCCAGCCCGCUCUCUCCUAAACCACAGCUUGAUCUCAAUAGAUCAUGAGAUGACUACUUGCAAUGAAAGUUUUGGAUAAAUUACAAAUUAUUUAAAAUCAAUGGCCAUGAAGUGAAGGAGAUGCCACGGGAAGGAAAUUAUCAUGGACAGUUUAGUCUUGAUCAACCUAUACUGAAAAAAAUAUAGAAACGCAACGUAACAAUUUCAAAGAUUUGUCUGAGUUACAGUUCAUAUAAGGAAAUCUGUCAACUGAAAUAAAUUCAUUAGGUCCUAAUCUAUGGAUAGUCAUGUGACUAUGGAACAUUUCUGCGAUCUUCUAUUUCAGCUCAUGAAACAUGGACCAGCACUUUACAUUUUGCGUUUUAUAUUUUUGUUCAGUGUACAUAACCUCAGUUAUACAGUAGUAGCCUAACUUGGACUUAAAGUGAUAGUUUACUCCAAAGGAAAAGUUCAGAACCCCAAAUGAUUGAGAAGGAUAAACUCUGGCUUAUUUGAUCACUUUAGAAGGUGCAUGUCCUUUCCCUUUUCAUUCUAGCUCUGUAACAUUUCAGGUCUGAGAACCUCUGACACUUUGGACUAUCACUUAAUCAACAUGUAGAACCUGUUUAUCAAGUAGCAGUUUAUUUAUGUUUUUUUUUUUUUCACCCUCCGUAGCUGACAUCAGCCUGGCGGAAUGGGGCCGCAAAGCCAUCGACAUUGCAGAGAACGAGAUGCCCGGCCUGAUGAAGAUGAGGGAGAUGUACGGCCAGUCCAAGCCCCUGAAGGGCGCCCGCAUCGCAGGCUGCCUCCACAUGACCCUGCAGACCGCCGUGCUCAUUGAGACCCUCACUGCCCUCGGAGCAGAGGUGAGAGACGCUCUUCCAUGCAAGUCUUCCUCUAUGAAGGUUUGACUAGAUACGUUCCUGCACACUGCACGUAGCCUCAAGUGUCACUUUUGUACUUUAAAUGCUAACAUCUUGGUCUGUUGACCUUCGUCACAUUAUCUGACAAAGGACUGUUCUAUUUCAAAUAAAAGUGAAACUUUGUGAGCAAACAGUGUGCUGGAACGUCUUGUCUUUUAUCGGGUCAGGACUCUGGUCAGGCGUAACUAGUUCAUCCUGGUUUCUGAGAGUUCUGUCUCAAACAAAUGAUUUGAGUGGGUCAUAUUAGAAUUGGAAAGCAGGUCUCAUCAAUCUUGCAGGUUUGAGAACCACUGCAAGAAAGGGCAAUACACUUAUUUGAAUAAGACUCUAUGGCAAAGACGAGGCUAAACCUUAGCAAAAACAAGCUGAGGCAUCAUGGGAAUGGAGAAGUCCACACAAGUGUUUCGGUUGACAGUGUUAACUAAAUGUAAGUCACUGUUGAUUGAUUGGCCCCUGUGGUAGCCAUCCACCACAACACUUUAGAUUAAUUUGGUCAGCCAAAAGUCCAACUCAUUCACUUGGCUUCAGCAGAUGCUAAUUUGAUCUCGAUAAAUGUGAAUUGUUAGACGAAUCUUGAUGAUUAAAAUUCCAUGCUUUUUAAAAUGAUUGAUUGACACUGUCUGCAGUGUCAUCGAGUCGCGUAUGAAAAUGUCCAGGCCUACAAUGCAUUUGAAAAGUAUUCAGACCCCUUGACCUUUUCCACAUUUUGUUACAUUAUGUAUUAAAUAGAAAAAACAGGUUAAGACAUUUUAGAACAUUUUUUAAUGUAUUCAGACCCUUUACUCAGUACUUUGUUGAAGCACCUUUAGAGCGAUUACAGCCUAGAGUCUUCUUGGGUAUGAUGCUACAAGCUUGGCACACCUGUAUUUGGGGAGUUUCUCACAUUCUUCUCUGCAGAUCCCCUCAAGCUCUUUCAGGUUGGAUGGGGAGCGUCGCUGCACAGCUAUUUUCAGGUCUCUCCAGAGAUGUUGGAUCGGGUUCAAGUCCGGGCUCUGGCUGGGCCACUCAAGGAUAUUCAGACUUGUCCCGAAGCCACUGCUGCAUUGUCUUGGCUGUGUGCUUAGGGUCGUUGUCCUGUUGGAAUGUGAACCAGUCUGAGGUCUUGAGAGCUCUGGAGCAGGUUUUCAUCAAGGAUCUCUCUGUACUUUGCUCCGUUCAUCUUUCCCUCGAUCCUGACUAGUCUCCCAGUCCCUGCCGCUGAAAAACAUCCCCACAGCAUGAUGCUGCCACCACCAUGCUUCACCGUAGGGAUGGUGCCAGGUUUCCUCCAGACAUGAUGCUUGGCAUUCAGGCCAAAGAGUUCAAUCUUGGUUUCAUCAGACCAGAGAAUCUUGUUUCUCAUGAUCUGAGAGUCCUUUAGAUGCCUUUUGGCAAACUCCAAGCGGGCUGUCAUGUGCCUUUUUACUGAGGAGUGGCUUCCGUCUGGCCACUCGAUCAUAAAGGCCUGAUUGGUAGAGUACAGCACAGAUGUUUGUCCUUCUGGAAGGUUCUCCCAUCUACACAGAGGAACUCUAGAGCUCUGUCAGAGUGAUCAUUGGGUUCUUGGUCACCUCCCUGACCAAGGCCCUUCUCCCCCAAUUGCUCAGUUUGGCCGGACGGCCAGCUCUAGGAAGAGUGUUGGUGUUUCCAAACUUCUGCCAUUUAAGGUUGAUGGAAGCCACUGUGUUCUUGGGGACAUUCAAUGCUGCAGAUAUUUUUUGGUACCCUUCCCCAGAUCUGUGCCUCGACACAAUCCUGUCUCGGAGCUCUAGGGACAAUUCCUUCGACCUCAUGGCUUGGUUUUUGCUCUGACAUGCACUGUCAACUGUGGGACCUUAUAUAGACAGGUGUGUGCCUUUCCAAAUCAUGUCCAGUCAAUUACAUUUACCACAGGUGGACUCCAAUCAAGUUGUAGAAACAUCUGAAGGAUGAUCAAUGGAAACAGGAUGCACCUGAGCUCAAUUCUGAGUCUCAUAGCAAAGGGUCUGAAUACUUAUGUAAAUAAGGUAUUUCCGUAAUAUUAUUUUAUUUAAACCUGUUUUCGCUUUGUCAUUAUGGGGUAUUAUGUGUAGAUUGAGGACAAAAAAUAAUUUAAUCAAUUUUAGAAUGAGGCUGUAACGUUAGAAAAUGGAAGGGGUCUGAAUACUUUCCGAACGCACUAUAUAUAAACACUGAAAUCUAGCCUGUGGUAACUGUAGCAGCAUGGAGGGAAACACUCAUGAGUUACCAGUAUUUUCCCUGGACACAUAGAAUUUCCCUCCUCCCCCGUUCACUGCCCCAAGGCCAUCCUGGUUUUAUCAAAGCUAAGUGCGACUAAGUGUGCACACUUAAUCAGACCGGUUAUCUCUGUCAUUUAAGCAAUGUUCUGAGAAGAGACUUGUGGUGUGGGAGUGCGAACUGAGUGAGAAUGUCCUUGUCAACCUGUGCCCGUUUUUCUCGUCUGUAGGUUCAAUGGUCCAGCUGCAACAUCUUCUCCACUCAGGACCACGCUGCUUCAGCCAUUGCCAAAACUGGGGUUCCAGGUACACACACAAUUGUUUGUUUAAAAACCACUCAGGACCUGCUCUGUGGCUAGCACUGGUUCCAGCCUGCUCUCACUUUGCCCUUGUGCAACAGUAAGAGAUAAGGCAGACCAGAAGUACACAAGGGUCCUCCAUUGGUCUUUAAGGCCUAAGGGGCAGCGUGUUCUGCUACAUAAGCCUGUUGUUCACUCUCAAUAGACUGGUAUCAUGUGAUAUGUCAAUAUAUAUAGAACUGUGACUCUCGAUAAAACUAGAACAUUCUGUUUUCCCCGACCGUGUUGCACAGUCCAAUUUAUUUUAAUUCAGGAGUAGGCCUAUAUUCAUUGCCUAACAUUCAUCCUAUGAGGUCUCUUAGAUGUCACCAUUGCUUAGCGCUACAUUACCCCUGCAGUCAUGUCAAUCUGUGAAGUUCUAGAGGAUAUUUGCUGUUUGGUUUUCCACACAUAAUUAUUUUACACUCUGGUGGUGUUCUGGGGGAGAAGUUACGAGGCCAGAAGAGUAUCAGCGUCUGCAUCAGUGAGGUGCUUAUUUGGUUUGGUCUAUAGCCAGGUUUCAGCCACUCGCUGUUCAAAGCCUUGAAUGUCAUAGGUUGAUAUGAUUCCUGAGUAACACUUCUCCAGGCGUGAUCCUCAGCCCAGUGUGACUGUGGAGAAAAAAUGACCUGGAAUGCGGCCAUUAUGUGUCAAAUGAGUUUUGGAAAGCUCUUCACACUUCAGUUAAUGACAGUAGUUGGAUUUGUCAAGGAAUUUGAUCAUAGGCCAAUAAUGUAGAACUUGUUUCACUAAAGAGAAGUUUACCUAAUGGAUAGAAAGUUUAGAUGAAAAUGAAUGUUCCAAUUGGUAAUUGCCUGCUUUGUUUAAAAUGUUUUCUCCUGGUUCAUGCCUAUAGAACACAACCCUUUUCUCUGCCAUUGCAAAGCGGUCUCUCCUCAACCCUGAUUCUCACGCCUCUCUCAUUGUAGUGUACGCCUGGAAGGGCAUGACUGACGAGGAGUAUGUGUGGUGCAUCGAGCAGACCAUCUACUGGAAGGACGGCCAGCCCCUCAACAUGAUCCUGGACGACGGCGGUGACCUCACCAACAUGGUCCACAAGAAGUACCCCAAACUGCUGUCAGGUACGGGAGCUAGCUACCUCUAACUGACAACCGUCAGGGCCUCACAGAUGGUGCAGCUUAAUUAACAAAACAAGGCACUGUAUUGUUACAGAUCUGCAAACGUUGAAGGGGUAGGGCAGAAAGUGGGAUUUACCGGUCCCAAUUCGUUCCCUCCCCCUUGGCCCCAACCAGAUUUGGGUAGGUUUAAAGUAGUGUAGUGGUUGAGCGCCCAUUUUGCUUUCAGCGUCCACAGACGCAGACUCGAUAGUCCGGUGUCCCAUUGUGACAUAGCUAGGCGGCUCUGACACCACCGUCCAUGGGGGAUGCACAGCCCAAAAUUCCCAACCAACAGGGCUCCAUGUACGCGUCUAUUCAUUUGAAUGUGGUGACGGUUGAAGAAAUUGCUUGAGCCGCGCUGAGAAUUCAAAGUAUGAAAGCCAACGGUCCAAUAUUCUAGGGCACUGUUAUUUUUUUUGCACUCCGACGCUUUACAGAUCUGUAAACAUCAAUCAGAGGGUUAGUUGGGGAGUCUCUCACUGCCCAGUUACUUGCCAUGGCUUAUGGUUAGGGCCAGGAGUUUUGGGGCACCUUUUGAGGCACAGUGCUUUUACUGGUAUUUUCCUGCAUUGUCCACUAGUGUUGCUGCAGGUAGGAAAUAUCAAAGAUCUAUUAUAUUACAUUUACAUUUUAGUCAUUUAGCAGACGCUCUUAUCCAGAGCGACUUACAGGAGCAAUUAGGGUUAAGUGCCUUGCUUAAGGGCACAUCGACAGAUUUUUCACCUAGUCAGCUCGGGGAUUAGAACCAGCGACCUUUCGGUUACUGGCACAUAUUGACAAGAUAGUCGAGUGACCGCUCUAACAAUGGAAAUGCAUGUCCUCAAAGAUGGAAGGCCAUCAUUUGAGACCGUUCUAGCCAAUGAGAUGGCAGAUACGAGCGAGUGAACAGGCACAACUAAGUAUUUUUUUCUGAAGUUGCUGGAAUGUCACGUGCAUUCAUUUAUGAGUACAAUGCCUGGUUGGGCUGUGCUUGGUGGGGGAUUGCCUAAGCCAGGGGAGGCAUAGCGCUGCGACUCUUGUGCUGCUUUGACAUUUUAGUCAUUUAGCAGAUGCUCUUAUCCAGAGCAACUUAGUGAGUUCUUACAUUUUCAUACUUUUUUUCGUACUGGUCUCCCAUGGGAAUCAAACACACAACCCCGGCGUUGCAAGUGCCAUGCUCUACCAACUGAGCCACAUUGGACCACAGACGGUUCAAUCUUUUUUAAAAUCACCGAUAUGGUCUUUUGACCAAUCACAUCAGAUCUUUUUACAUCUUUACAGAACUGAUCUGAUUGGUCAAAAGACCAAUUAGUGAAAAAAUAUCAGAAAACAUAUUAUUUGGCAGAGAAUACUAUUUUGGCGCAUUUUCCAAGGAGGCUUUCAUCUAUGUGGGCCGGCACCCGUGUAUCACUGGGCUAUGGUUCCGGCGGACAUGCUCUACUUGGAGCCAAAGCAAGGCCCUGGGUACUUUUCAGGUGGCAUUUACUUAACAAUGGCUAACUUAACUUUUAAAACCUUCUCACAAAGCAACAGUCUUGAAUGAUGCAGACUUUGAUUCUGUUCGCCACAUAUCUUGUCACACUCCUGAUGGAAACACUAACAUUAGAGCCAACAUUAACAUAAAACACUGGCUGCCCACUGAUGUGGGGGUAACUCUUAAUGGAACUGAACUGUAGAUAAGUGAUUUUACACCUAAUUUGCUCAAGCUAAUCCUCUCCAACGGACUUAAAGUGUAGUGAGUCAAUUAAAUGAACCAUGGAAAUAUAUUGUAGCGAAUUUGGGGGGGGAAAUCUGGUGGGAAGUGAGCGGGCAACCAGAGGGUUGCUGGGAUCAAAUCCAAGAUGCCAUUGCCUGCAGUUGUCCCCUUGAGCAAGGCACUUAACCCCCCACAACAACAGCUCCCCGGGCGCCCAGUGUGGCAGCCCCCUGCACCUCUCCAAAACCUGUACAUUGCAUUUGGAAAGUAUUCAGACCCCUUCACUUUUUGUUACUUUACAGCCUUAUUCUAAAAUGGAUUAAAUUGUUUUAUCCCCUCAUCAAUCUACACACGAUAUCCCUUAAUGACCAAGCAAAAACAAGAUUUUAGACAUUUUUGCAAAUUUAUAAAUCAACUCACACUUACAUAAGUAUUCAGACCCUUUACUCUACUUGGUUGAAGCACCUUUGGCAGUGAUUACAGCCUUGAGUCUUCUUGGGUAUGACGCUACAAGCUUGGCACACCUGUAUUUGGGUUGUUUCUCCUAUUCUUCUCUGAAGAUCCUCUCAAGCGCUGUCAGGUUGGAUGGGGAGCGUUGCUGCGCUGCUAUUUUCAGGUCUCUCCAGAGAUGUUCGCUCGGGUUCAAGUCUGGGCUCUGUCUUGGCCACUCAAGGACAUUCAGAGACUUGUCCCGAAGCCACUCCUGCGUUGUCUUGGCUGUGUGCUUAGGGUCAUUGUCCUGUUGGAAGGGCAACCUUCGCCCCCAGUCUGAGGUCCUGAGCGCUCUGGAGCAUGGUUUUUCAUCAAGGAUCUCUCUACUUUGCUCGGUUCAUCUUUCCCUCCAAUCCAUGACUAGUCUCCCAGUCCCUGCCGCAUCCGAAAAAACAUCCCCACCAUGCUUAACCGUAGGUAUGGUUCAGGUUUCAUCCUGACGUGAUGCUUUGCAGGCCAAAGAGUUCAUCUUUUCAUCAGACCAGAGAAUGUUGUUCUCUGGUCUAGUCGUAGCCUUUUGGCAACUCAAGUGGCUGUUAUGUGCCUUUACUGAGAGUGGCUUCCGUCUGGCAACAUAAGGCAUGGUGGAUGCGCAGAGAUGGUUGCCUUCUGGAGGUCUCCAUCAUUUUACAUGACAUUUUAGUCAUUUAGCAGCGCUCUAUACAGAGCGCUGGAGCAUUGGGGUAAGUGCCUUCUCAAGAUUGUUAACGUCUUUAGCUGACGCUCUUAGCCAGAGCGACUCACAAAUUGGGCGUUCCCUAUCUGGGAUAACCACAAUGGGGGGGGGGGGGCAGAUUCUACCACAGAAUUCUGGAGCUCUGUCAGUGACCAUCGGGUUCUUGGUCACCUCCCUGACCAAGACCCUUCUCCCCCGAUUGCUCAGUUUGGCCGGGCGGCCAGCUCUUGGAAGAGUAUUGGUGGUUCCAAACUUCUUUCAUUUAAGAAUGAUGGAAGCCACUGUGUUCUUGGGACCUUUAAUGCUGCAGAUAUUUUUUGGUACCCUUCCCCAGAUCUGUGCCUCGACACAAUCCUGUCUCGGAGCUCUACAGACAAUUCCUUCGACCUCAUGGCUUGGUUUUUGCUCUGACAUGCACUGUCAACUGUGGGACCUUAUAUAGACAGGUGUGUGCCUUUCCAAAUCAUGUCCAAUCAAUUGAAUUUACCACAGGUGGACUCUAAUCAAGUUGUAGAAACAUCUCAUGGAUGAUCAAUGGAAACCGGAUGCACCUGAGCUCAAUUUCGAGUCUCAUAGCAAAGGUUGUCAAUUUGAAUAAUGUAAAACAUACUGGAUGAUCAUGGAAACCGGAUGCACUUGAGUCUUUCGGGGUGGUUAAAAAGGGUUGAAUACUUAUGUAAAUAGGUUUUGUUUGUAAGAAUUCGAAAUUUUAAAUUCCCGUAUCACUGUUGUGUAUAGUUGACUCAGAUGGGAGAAAUAAUAAUAGUUAUAUCAAUUUUGAUAGGUAACUUACAAAGGUGAAGGGGUCUGAAUACUUUGAUGCACUUGUUGGCUUCCGGAGGUGUUUAAAAGCGGGAUUCCAACAUUUGUUCCAAAAGUGCUAUGGCCCUGUGGCACCUGAGAGAUCUAUUUAGUCCGACGACGAGGUGUAAGAACCACACUUGCAAUAUACCUUGCAAAACUUGACUCGAAAUUGGGAAAUACCACUUGUACUGCUGUAAUUAUCAGCAGGGCUGUUGGUUUGAGUCUUAUACACUAGGUGGCAGCAUUACUCCACAAAGCCAAUACUGAGAGAACCUCAGAACUAAAGGGAUUAGGCAAGCAACAUGCAGCAGGCACUCUAUAACAGUGACUAUUAACUUAAACACAGUCCCUGGGGAACGUUACUUUGGAUUGAAGACUUUAUUGCUGUUUGGAAUGUUAAUUGCCAUUCGUAGUAGUUAUCUCAGAGCAGAGAUCUGGCUGUGGUCCUGAUCCUUUUCAGCCAUGGUUUUGGUACCACCUACCAGAUGUGGAUGCCAUGAAAAAUGGUCUUAAUUAAACAUUCAGUCAUGGUUAAAACAAUGUUAAUUGUCUCCCUCAGGAAUCAAGGGUGUGUCUGAGGAGACCACCACCGGGGUACACAACCUGUACAAGAUGAUGAAGAACGGCGACCUCAAGAUCCCAGCCAUCAACGUCAACGACUCCGUUACCAAGGUAGACCCACUUGUCCUCCCUGAGUAGGGCCAUGCAUGCAUCCUCAGUUCUUAAUAGUGCCAUUUAAAUAAUGCUGGUGAAUACAGGGAUGUAUUAAAUAGGGGUGCAAUGUGUAGAAUGUAAACAGAACUCAUAUAGAUGGGUCAUUAAUAGAACUGAUACACUUGCGCGUUCUAUCCAACCAUCGUUGGUUGUUAUAAAAUGUAUUUUUUGAGUUGUGCAUUUUGUAAUGUUGCACCCUCCUGAGUAGGCAGCGGGUAUUACGUUCCAAUACAUUGACUCCCUCUCUUAAUACCAGCUCUCGCUCUCCCCCUCCAGAGCAAGUUUGACAACCUGUACGGCUGCAGAGAGUCCCUGAUUGAUGGGAUCAAGCGGGCCACAGACGUGAUGAUCGCCGGGAAGGUGGCGGUUGUUGCCGGAUACGGUGACGUCGGCAAGGGCUGUGUUCAGGCCCUCCGUGGGUUCGGUGCCCGAGUCAUAGUCACAGAGGUGGACCCCAUCAACGCUCUGCAGGCUGCCAUGGAGGGUGUGUACCAUUCUUAAGUUUGGUUAUAUGACAACGUUCUUGUUUUGAUUUGACAGUAUCCCAGAACGUUCUUGGAGAUUCAACAGCUCAUAGAAAGUUGGUUAUAGGUGUGCGUUCUGUUGUCUCCGGUGCCUAGCAAAUAUAAUUGAGAGAACUGUUUUUAAGUUCCGGGCCAUAUUAUAAGUGACGUGUAAACGAUUUCUGCUUUACCCCAUCUCAUUUGUUCACCGCAGCAGUGAGCUCAACUUUAUACAUUUGAGCUUAUGUUAUUGAUUACUAGUUCUACAUUUUUGUGUAGUAUUACUACAGUACAUACUAGUUGUUGUGUUAUUUCAUUGUCUUUUGUGAUAAUGUUGUAGGAUACGAAGUCACCACCAUGGAGGAGGCUUGCAAGGAGGGAAACAUAUUUGUGACCACCACCGGCUGUGAGGACAUACUUUUGGGCAAGUAGGUAUCAUUUUGGAGUCCGGUAGAGCACCAUGCAACCACGCUCUGUCUGAUCAGAAGUACAGUUAAAUCCUACGUUGUUGUCAUUCCUCAAUUCAGUGAUUGUAUGCAACACAGGAAAAUGCAUUCAGAGUAGAUGUUACCUCUAGGUACAGAUCUCAGAUCGGCUUAUUCUCGCCCCAUAUUAUUUCUGAGGAAUGGCCACUAGCCUAAAACCCUUCCCUUUAGUGGAGGAAACUUAAAGCUGACCUGAUGCCGCAGUCACGUGCUAUCAGAAACUCUGAAUCUGCGAGUAAAAAUGAACCAAAGUUAUUUGCGUAGAGCUUCCUAUUGGUUGAUUGUGAUACUUUCCAAGUGGGGGAAACUCGGGAGCAUCUUUCUACAACCAGUAGACAUUUCAGAGUUUCCUAGUUCCGACUAGCAUGUGAACGCAGCCUUAUAGCAGUGUCUUGGGGCAACAUCGUCCUUCUCUGAAAUGUAACUGUAGCCGUGUCUACAACAGGCCAUUAAUGUACACACUGGUGUGCUCCCCAGACACUUUGAGCACAUGAAAGACGACUCCAUCGUUUGCAACAUCGGCCACUUCGACUGUGAGAUCGACAUGAACUGGCUCAAUGCCAACGCAGCCGAGAAGAUAAACAUCAAGCCACAGGUAAGACUAACCACACACACCCUAGAUGUGCUACGUAGGUUAUGUCUACAGUAAUGUAGCCCUUGAGUUUCGGCCAUUGUCAUAUAUAUACGAACGUUCUCCUCCCGCUAGGUGGACCGCUACCGCAUGAAGAGCGGGCCGCCACAUCAUCGUGCUGGCUGAGGGCAGAUUGGUCAAUCUGGGCUGUGCCAUGGGCCACCCCAGCUUUGUUAUGAGCAACUCCUUCACCAACCAGGUGUUGGCCCAGAUUGAGCUGUGGAAGAACACCAGCAAGUACCCCCUGGGAGUCUACUUCCUGCCCAAGAAGGUGAGCCAUUGAGCGGAGAAACACCGUUUCCACUUGUCUUUUAAUCACCAGAUUGAUUGUGUAUUAUGUAGCUAUGCAGUUGCGGGCACUAAAGUUGGGUUGCACGGCGAAAUUGGCAGAACAAAUGCCACUAUGCGUGCACAAUGUGGCACUCUAGUCUCGCUACUUAUAGCAAUAUUUUGUCACAACCUGUAUAUGGUGCAGGGUUUUAAAAAGGGUUAAAUGUUUUCAGUGCAUGCAGCUGUAUACAGUUUAAUAGGAAAGAAAUGUUGCGAUAAGACAUAGAAAUGUUGAGUGGAUACCAUGUGGUUUUCUCUAAAAAGCAAGCAGUGUAUCCUAAGUUGACCCCGCUGUAACCCUUGGUCGAAAUGAAGUGGUUUCGGGGACUGUGGGGAAAAUACCAGGUGGACACGGGUAGAUUUUUCCAGUUCUCAGCAUUGGACAUGCAUUUGUGCAGGUAGUAGUAUGUAAUCAAAUAUGCUCCAUUUAACAUUACAGCGUAGCCUGUAUUCAGUUUGCAGAACUGCGUAAUGCAUAUUUUAUUGAUCUCUGCUUGAGUUGAGGAUGUUCUUAAAGGAUAAUUCCGCCACUUUUCAACCUCUUAUUCAUUAUCUCCGCACCAUACCAGUGUCUCCAUACAGUAUGUGAAAAUGGCGUGUUUCUUUGAUCUGGCGUUAAAAAGGUCAGAAGAAGGGUCCUAAAAUGCUUGUGUCAUCACCGGGUAGGAUUAAAAGUAAGAAAAACAGUGCUUUUUUCAAAAUCUGCAAUGAGUUUCUAGCCAGAGGGAGGGUAUUUUCUUGCUCCCAAGUCACCACUAAUCUUAGCGUUUGAAAAUCAUCGGGUAGAACUUUUCAAAUUAAUUCAAAAAUUUUUCACAUAUGUAAACACUGGUAUUGUGUUGGAGAUGAUUGCUUCAUUGUGGAUUGUAUAUUAUAUGUCUUGUGACUAUUCAAAGAAAUGGAAAUUAGGCUAAAUGUGCAUAAUGGCUGAUUAACCCUGAAAUGGGUAGCCAAAAUGAGGCUCUUUGUACUUGGGGCAGAAAUUGAGCAUUACAGUGUCAUUUUGCAUUGAGUGACACAUGGGUUUUGGUGAACAUCUUAAGGCCUUUAACUGAAGCCAUACGCUCAGAGCUGAGCGCAAGAGAUAUGCUCAUGAGAAGUUGGGAACUAAGCCAGGGAAGGUUCUCUUGAGUGCCUGCCGACUAGCAGGAAUUCCAUCCAUAGCAUCACGAACCGUACCCCAUGUGGAAAAAAAAAAGAGAAUUCCAGCUGCAUACCUAACCCAUCCCUAAGAGGUCAACCUAUUGCCAUAAGAGAAUAUGUUUUUAUUUAUUUUGUUGAAGAGUACAUGGUCUGUCAAAUAGAUGAACCACCCCUGUGAUGUAUAAUUCUUCUGUUGCUAAAAACCUCAUGUUCAGCCUUGUCUUGACGGCCAUGUUUUGACAGCUCCAUUGAAUUCUGUCUGCUCUUGGCAUUGACGGCAGUUUUGAAAAUGCUCCUGUGAUUUUGACCCAACUGCUUGGGAGCAACAAAGCAUGUUGUUCACUAAUUUACUCCAAGUAGGGAAAGGAUGGUGGGGUUGAAAAGUAAUAAAGGGGAGUAUAUAUAUAUAUAUAUUUAAAAAAACAUGGGGGAUUGGAAGUGAUGCAGACAUCUACAUUGAUAGAUUGUAUCUUCUAUCUGCAAUAUUAAGCUGAUCCAUUCCAAAAAAAUAAAAAAAAUAAAGCAUGUUAAUUUUUUUUGUCUUGUGUGGUAAAUGUGGUUCGAGUGAUUGAACCCUGUAACUAAUCGACUCGUUUUGUCCCAGUGUAAGGAAACGUUAUUCAGAAUUUGACUUGUAUCAUCCUUUUCUCUUGUUUGCAGCUGGAUGAGGAGGUGGCUGCUGCCCAUCUUGACAAGCUCGGCGUCAAGCUGACCAAGCUUUCGGAUAAGCAAGCCAAAUACCUGGGACUGCCCCGCGAAGGACCCUUCAAGCCUGACCAUUACCGCUAUUGA